ACCACUCGUGUUCCUGUGGGCCAGUCACUCGUUAGAUCUCUUCAACUCGCACUACCCUCCUUCUCUCUCUCUCUCUCCCUUCCUUUGCUGCUUUCCCAUUUCCCACUCUGCUUCUUCAUCCCCUCUCUGCAGCUAUCUCACUCCCUCUGUAAACCAGGAUCUGCAAACCAGCUCGUCAAGGAAAUGGCUUCGAAAAAGAAAAUGGGCUACAAGUGUCGCAUAGCAGUUGUGCUGCUACUCCUGUUGGCCAGUAUUGCUGCCCUUGUUGCUGUUGCUGUCAUCCAGGACACCUGGAGCACUAAAGAGUACAGCUUAGAGUACGGCAUAGUGAUCGACUCGGGUUCAUCUCGUUCCAAUGUGUACCUGUAUGAAUGGCCAGGGGAGAAGUCAAAUGAAACAGGAAUAGUGACUGAAGUAAUGAACUGCAGAGUCUCUGGUAUUGCUAUCUCAGAGAUGAAAGUGGACCCACAGAAAGAUGCUGAAGCAUGGGAAGGAUUCAGAAGCUGCAUGGAUGAAGUCACCCAAAAAAUUCCUGUUCAAAAACACAAGAACACGGUUCUCUUUCUGGGAGCUACUGCUGGAAUGAGAUUGUUACAUGAGAAGGAUGAACAGAGGUCCAAUGAAAUCCUGGCGAGUCUCAAAGAAUACCUGAGUGCACUGCCCUUUAUUUUCCAAAAUGCUUCCAUCAUUACUGGUCAGGAAGAAGGGCUGUAUGGGUGGAUCACUGUCAACUACCUAAUGGGAAACUUCCUAGAAAAAAACCUAUGGAACAGAUAUGUACGUCCAGAAGGGGCAAAAACAGUGGGUUCCAUGGACCUUGGUGGAGCAUCAACACAGAUUGCUUUUUCGAUCCAGGAGGAUCUCAAGGGGCCUGACUACUUGCGUGUCAAACUAUAUGGUUACUCCUACAAUGUCUACACUCACAGCUUCCUCUGCUAUGGCAAAAAUGAAGCAGAGAAGAGGGUUCUCGACAAAGUAAUCCAGGAAUCAUCUGACCCAGGCAACAUAAUAAACCCCUGCUACCCUGAAGGUUUUAAUAUCACCUUGAAGGCCUCAUCCAUUUAUGACACAGAGUGCACAAAGAAACCACAAAACUACAACCCAGAUCAAGACUUAUUCUUCGUCGGAGUCGCCAACUCAGACGGCUGUGAAAGCAUUGUGAAGUCGAUAUUCGAUUUCAAGACUUGCUCCUCAUCACAGUGUUCCUUUGAUGGCGUCGAGCAGCCACCGGUCACUGGAGAUUUUAUGGCAUAUGCGGGAUUCUUCUACACUGCUAGGGCUCUGCUCAUGAAUGGCUCAACGGAUCUCGAUCAAUUCAACGCCUCAGUUAGAGACUUCUGCCACACACACUGGACAGUGUUGAAAGAACAAAAGUCAUGGAUUUCUGCCAGAUACCUCAGGACUUACUGUUAUGCAGCUCACUAUGUCCUCACUUUGCUGGCAGAUGGAUACAAGUUUGACGAAGACACCUGGAAAAACAUUUACUUCGAACGAGAGGUAAAGAAAACCAGCAUAGGCUGGAGUUUGGGCUACAUGCUGAGUAUGUCCAAUAUGAUCCCGUCUGAAGUGAAAAAUAUCACCCCCAUGACAGACCCCGUCUUUGCCGGCCUUAUCUUUCUAUUUUCAGCACUAACCAUUGUUACUGUCGUCAUAAUUUUCAUCUUCCUCGUUCGGAACUGCUACUGAGAGUGUAAGUUACAAAGGGGGUCAUCUGCCAUUGAAAGCCUUGGGGGCAGCUGAAACUCUGUAAGUAGCUGGAGAGCUACACCACCAUCUGCCAAGGCACUUGUACUGAAAGUUACUAAUCAGAAUGUCUUAGCUUGAGCCAUUAACUGCCCUAUUGUUGAGUCUUUGAGUUACCUUCAGAUUUGAGAUGGUAAACAGCAGCUGUAAAAAAAAAAAUAAAAAAAGUAUUACGAAGACAGUUCAUUUUGUACCUCAGGGAAGCUUGCCAAGAUUUGAGUAAUAUUUUUUAUUUUAUUUUUUGUAUUUAGUUAACUGUGAUCAACAAAAGGGUGACACAGUGGUUGCCUGAAUAGCAAACAAUGAUGAAAGAGCAGCCAUGAAACGCCCAUCUGCUUGUCUUUGUUGCACAUUGUGUAUUUUCAAUUUUUUUUUUCUAUCUCAAAAUGAGAUUCUAUAUGUGCAUUCACAUGAGUGCUCAGAUGGACCCUUAGGCAAGAGCAUGAGUUAUUUACUCACCUACUAACUGUGUUUUUCUUCUUGUAUUAUACUUGUAUUUGCACUGAAUGCAUCUGCAUACAAAAUGGUAGCAUUUUGCCACAAUGUAGUCUUUUAUAUUCUGUAUGAACUGUCUGGAAACCAUAGGUUCACAACAAUACUCCACAUUUAUUGAAUGAAAACCUCCCUAAUAAAUAAUGUAUUGAAUGUGCAA